UCGCCGAAGCCGCAAACGCCACCAGCCGGAAGCACGUAUAUAAAUACUCGCGCCGGCGCCUUGUGGUCUUCCUAGUGUCCACGAGUUCGUGGUUCCGUUUUCAUGUCCAGGUUCCACUGGAUCUGAACGUUGUCGCCGCCUCUCCCGCAAGAAUGGCAGUGUUCGGGUGUCCUCUUUUCUCAAAAUGAGUUAAUUCCAUCGGAUCUGGACGUCGCCGCUGACUCUCCCACGAGAAUGACAGGAGUGGUGGGUACGAUCUCAACCUCUUUGCCAGCCCUCCUGACUGCAACUUCCUGUGUUCCGUCUGCCAUGGGGUUCUCAAGAGGCCAAUGAGGUUGCCAUGCAGUCACAUCUUCUGCAAAAAGUGCAUCUUCCAGUGGCUAGCCAGACAAAACACCUGUCCAUGCUGUAGAAAAGAGGUGAAAAGGAGGAAGAUGGUUCAAGUGAAUAAACUCCGAAAAACCAUUGGCCGCCUACAAGUCAAGUGCAAGAACGCUGCAGCUGGCUGCUUGGUGACAUGCCCUCUGGCUCAUCGCAAGGGCCAUCAGGACUCAUGCCCCUUCGAGCUGAUGGCCUGCCCAAAUGAGGGUUGCACUGCGCAGGUUCUGCGUGGGGUCCUGGAUGAACACCGCCAGCACUGCCAGCAGAACGGACAGCAGCGCUGCCCCUUAGGCUGUGGAGCCACCCUGGCUGCCUUGGAGGGUGAGCAACACAACUGCUACCGUGAGCUACGUGACGCUUGGGUCCAACGCCAUGAGCGUAACCGGACCUUGCUGCUGAACCUGCUGGGGCGUGUACGCCGGGUGUACCGCACCACCAACCUCAUCCGCCGACAGCUGGCCCAGCUGAGCAACUUCCUGGAGGAUGAUACCCUGCUCCUGAAUGCCCGGGUGCAAGAGACUGAGGUUGCCCCGGAGCCUGAGAUGUGGGGUGCGCAGGGCCAAGGUGUCUUAUAGAGGAAUUAAAUAAACGCUGAGCCCAGGCCUGGCCCACCUCAGA